AUGUUUCUUAGAUUGACAUCUACAACAAACGGCUCACGCAUCGCUCAUGCAUCCUCCCCUCUCCCUGAACUUCUGCGCCCACCUGGUACGAGCCCCCCAGCCCAACGCUCUCAUCCUCUCACCCCCCCGUUCCCCGCCACACGUGCUGAAUGCAUGGUUAUGGCCCCCCGUGCAGCCAUCGCCCUCCCUCCCUGGACCUGCUCGGAGUCAUCUCAGCCUCUGUGCGCUGGGCUGCACUCUGGAGUCAUCUCUGGGCUGCACUCUGGAGUCAUCUCUGGGCUGCACUCUGGAGUCAUCUCUGGGCUGCACUCUGGAGUCAUCUCUGGGCUGCACUCUGGAGUCAUCUCUGGGCUGCACUCUGGGGUCAUCUCUGGGCUGCACUCUGGAGUCAUCUCUGGGCUGCACUCUGGAGUCAUCUCUGGGCUGCACUCUGGAGUCAUCUCUGGGCUGCACUCUGGAGUCAUCUCUGGGCUGCACUCUGGGGUCAUCUCUGGGCUGCACUCUGGAGUCAUCUCUGGGCUGCACUCUGGAGUCAUCUCUGGGCUGCACUCUGGGGUCAUCUCUGGGCUGCACUCUGGAGUCAUCUCUGGGCUGCACUCUGGAGUCAUCUCUGGGCUGCACUCUGGAGUCAUCUCUGGGCUGCACUCUGGAGUCAUCUCUGGGCUGCACUCUGGAGUCAUCUCUGGGCUGCACUCUGGAGUCAUCUCUGGGCUGCACUCUGGAGUCAUCUCUGGGCUGCACUCUGGAGUCAUCUCUGGGCUGCACUCUGGAGUCAUCUCUGGGCUGCACUCUGGGGUCAUCUCUGGGCUGCACUCUGGAGUCAUCUCUGGGCUGCACUCUGGAGUCAUCUCUGGGCUGCACUCUGGAGUCAUCUCUGGGCUGCACUCUGGAGUCAUCUCUGGGCUGCACUCUGGAGUCAUCUCUGGGCUGCACUCUGGAGUCACCUCUGGGCUGCACUCUGGAGUCAUCUCUGGGCCCAGGCCCCGGCAAUUACAGGUGGGUGAGCUGAGUGAGAAAGCCAAGCUGAUAGGAGAGCUCCCCCACCACUCUGCCCAGGUCCCCUAG